UUCUCCGUUCGGGAUGUUUGACAGCGGUCCACAAUAACAACGCGGAGCAAAGUGCGAUAAGUUUUGUUACAAUUACCAAAUAAUUGCCACCAACGAUGGCGCCGACCGUGCAAAACGGUGCGAACGGAGCUGAUAAGCGUCCCGUUCGUCAGCAGGAGCGCAGGUCGGAGCUAAUUUCCCGGGUGAAAUACUGCAACACGCUGCCGGACAUUCCGUUCGAUCUGAAGUUCAUCACGUACCCGUUCGAGAAUGACCGCUUCAUCCAGUACAAUCCGACCUCGCUGGAGCGGAACUAUCGCUACGAGGUGCUUACCGAGCACGACCUGGGCGUCACCAUCGAUCUGAUCAACCGGGACCUGUACCAGAUCGACCAUUCGGCCCAGCUCGAUCCGGCCGACGAGAAGCUGCUCGAGGAGGACAUUCACACGCCGCAGGACUCGAUGCGCAGCAGCCGCCAUGCGAAGAGCGUGUCCUGGUUGCGGAAGUCGGAGUACAUCUCGACCGAGCAGACGCGCUUCAACCCGCAGACGAUGGAAAAGGUGGAGGCGAAGGUGGGUUUCAACGUGAAGAAGAGUCUGCGCGAGGAGACACUGUACAUGGACCGGGAGGCACAGAUCAAGGCGAUCGAGAAAACGUUCGAGGACAACACCAAGCCGAUCACGACGCACUACAGCAAGCCGGGCGUGACGCCGGUCGAGAUCAUGCCCGUCUUCCCGGACUUUGCCAACUGGAAGUAUCCGUGCGCGCAGGUCAUUUUCGAUUCGGAUCCGGCCCCGAGCGGCAAGAACGUGCCGGCCCAGAUCGAGGAGAUGUCGCAGGCCAUGAUUCGGGGCGUGAUGGACGAGAGUGGCGAGCAGUUCGUGGCCUACUUCCUGCCGACGGACGAUACGCUCGAGAAGCGGCGUCGCGAUCUGGUCAACGAAACGCUGUACGAGGAUGAGGAGGAGUACGAGUACAAGAUGGCCCGCGAGUACAACUGGAACGUGAAGAGCAAGGCGUCGAAGGGGUACGAGGAAAACUACUACCUCGUGCUGCGCCCGGACGGUAUCUACUACAACGAGCUGGAGACGCGCGUCCGGCUGAGCAAGCGUCGGCAGAAGAACGCUCAGCAGCAGAGCAACACGAAGCUGGUGGUGAAGCAUCGCCCGCUCAAUGCUUCCGAGCACCGUAUGCAGCGCUAUCGCGAGCGGCAGCUUGAGCCGGCCGGCGAAGAGGACGACGAAGACAUCGAGGAGGAAGAGGAAGAGGAGGAGGACGAGGAGGAAGCGCAAGCAAGCCAGACGCAGGCGGGCGAGGGCAAGGGCGGAGACGGUAAGGACGAUGAAAAGGCGAAGCGUGAGAGUCGGGAUAGAAGUCGUUCGGGCAGCCGGUCGCGGUCCAGAUCGCAGGGAUCGAACCGUUCCGGCUCGUCGCGAUCCAGAUCAAGAUCCGGUACCAGAUCUCAGUCGAGAUCCGUUUCGAGAAGUCGCAGCCGAUCAAAGUCGGGCAGCCGUAGCCGCAGCCGCAGCGGUUCGGGUAGUCGCAGUCGCAGCGGAUCUAGAAGUCGUUCGCCAACUCGCAGCCGCAGUCGCAGCGUUUCUCGCUCACGUUCCCGAUCUGGAUCGCAGCGCGGAUCGGCAUCCCGUUCGCGAUCUCGUUCCCGGUCCGGGUCUCGGUCCCGCUCCCGGUCUCGCUCGCGUUCGGGCUCGCGUUCGGGCUCCCGUUCGGCAUCUGGAUCACGCAGCCGUUCCGGCACUCCCGACGCAGGUUCGCGCAGUGGAUCGGCCAGCCGUUCGGGCAGUGAAUCGGAAUAAGUUCUACGCGAAAGCGCAAGCCCUUUUUAUAUUUCUAUGCAAUACAAUAAACUUCAAUGACUAUGGCACAA